CCUGGGAGCGUGCCCGGACUGCGGCGCAGCUCCAGUCCGCCGCCCCGGCCCGGCCGAGCCCCCAGCUUGCGCCGCGCUCCUCCAAAGCAGGCGCCCGGCGACACUGCAGGGGUGGCGUUGCCGCCAGCAGCUGGGCUUGGCGCCGGUGCCUGAGAGCUGCGGGAGGCGGGCCGGGAGCCUCGAGCCCCGACCGGAACCCGAGCCCGAGCCGGAGCAGCGGCCCCACCGCGGAGCCGGGCCACUGCAGCAGGCACCAUGGCGGUGGACGUGGCAGAGUAUCAUCUGAGUGUCAUCAAGAGCCCCCCUGGCUGGGAGGUGGGUGUCUAUGCUGCAGGAGCCCUGGCACUGCUGGGAAUAGCAGCUGUGAGCCUGUGGAAGCUCUGGACAUCUGGAAGCUUCCCCAGUCCCUCCCCAUUCCCAAAUUACGACUACAGGUACCUUCAGCAGAAGUAUGGAGAGACCUACACAGAGGCCAGGCAGAAGAGAGCACCCACCUGGAAUGCCCAGCGACCUGGCACACGGGGACCGCCCAGUCGCAAAGGCAGCCUCAGCAUCGAGGACACCUUUGAGAGCAUCAGCGAGCUAGGGCCCCUGGAGCUGAUGGGCCGGGAGCUAGACCUAGCCCCCUAUGGGACUCUCCGGAAGUCCCAGUCGGCUGACUCCCUGAACUCCAUCUCCUCUGUGAGCAACACCUUUGGGCAAGACUUCACACUGGGCCAGGUGGAGGUGAGCAUGGACUAUGACGGGGCCUCCCACACCCUGCACGUGGCCGUGCUGCAGGGCAAGGACCUCCUGGAGCGGGAAGAAGCCAGCUUCGAGUCCUGCUUCAUGCGCGUCAGCCUCCUGCCCGACGAGCAGAUCGUGGGCAUUUCUCGGAUCCAGAGAAAUGCCUACUCUAUCUUCUUCGAUGAAAAGUUCUCCAUCCCCCUGGAUCCCACAGCCUUGGAGGAGAAGAGUCUGCGGUUUUCUGUGUUUGGCAUUGAUGAAGAUGAACGGAAUGUCAGCACGGGGGUGGUGGAGCUGAAGCUUUCUGUGCUUGACCUCCCACUGCAGCCCUUCAGUGGCUGGCUCUACUUACAGGACCAGAACAAGGUCGCCGACGCUGUGGGGGAGAUCCUGCUCUCCCUCAGCUACCUCCCUACGGCUGAGCGCCUAACCGUGGUUGUGGUGAAGGCCAAGAAUCUCAUCUGGACCAACGACAAGACCACAGCGGAUCCCUUCGUCAAGGUAUACCUGCUACAGGAUGGGAGAAAGAUGAGCAAAAAGAAGACAGCGGUGAAGCGCGAUGACCCCAACCCAGUGUUCAACGAAGCCAUGAUCUUCUCCGUCCCAGCCAUUGUGCUCCAGGACCUGUCUCUCCGGGUGACAGUGGCUGAGAGCAGCAGCGAUGGCCGUGGAGACAACGUGGGCCACGUCAUCAUCGGGCCAUCGGCCAGUGGCAUGGGCACCACGCACUGGAACCAGAUGCUGGCCACUCUGCGCAGGCCUGUGUCCAUGUGGCACCCUGUCCGGCGAAACUAGCAGCCAGAGCCAGCCAGGUGGGCAGUGGAGCCACUGGAGCCUGGCAUAAACUCAGCUCUAUCCAGCACCCUCUCCAAAGCCCAGCUGGAGCUAGGAACACUGGGGUCCCUGAGUGGAGUCCCCGGGAGCCACUUUGGUCCCUCUGUCCAGAUGGCAAUGAGGAGCAGGCAGUGCUUCAUGUCCAGGGACCCAGGACUUUCUCCCAUAAGGACCAGCUGUGGCUGGGUUAGGACCCAGGUGGACAGUUGGGCACUGACCAAGUAUCUCUAUCUUGAGAUCCUCGACCUGGCUGCUGUCCUUCAGCCCGGGAGGGGGACAUGGCCUCUCAGAGCCAGAGAGCUCCCCCUACAUCACUGCUCCUGGGAGCCAGCUGCCAAGCUGGGCCACACACUGGAAGCCAAUGUGUCUUGGGGGCCAGAUACUGUGCUAGAUUCCGGCAGAAGUACCAUGAACAAGGCAGCCACCAGGACAUUGGGAAGACACAUUCCCCCUGCCCAGUGAUCUGCUCAGUGCUGAAUGAAUAGCUCUAAAUGGACAUUCAGACCUGUGCGGACUCAGGGAGGGCUCGAGGGACUGGGAGGAACAGAAAGGGCCUCUUGGUCAAGCUCUGAGGGACAGAAAAGAACUGGAAGUGCUCUGGGUAGGGGCCCAGCCUGAGCAAUGGCAUCACAAAUGCAGUCUUAGCCCACUGUAGGAGAAAAAGGCAAGAUGAGGCCCAUGUCGAAGGCUGCAGGCCGGAUGGAACACCAGCUCUGGAGUUAUUCUCUAGGAACUCUACUCCCUUGAAAUCAACUAUUACAAGAAACAGAGAUCCAAAGAGGCCUCCACCCAGUUCCCUGGGCUCAGUGCCAUGCAAAGCAGACACUGACUCCAUAACCUCUGUUGGUAUGCAUCCAGGCCAGGCUCUGCUGGGCAGAGAUGCCUCAACCAAGGGUGGCUGGUGGGUGGGUGGAGGGGCAGAGAGUACUGAUGGCAGAGGACUUGGUGGGCUGUGGGUACCUGGGAUGAUGCAAUGGAAAAGGAGGCCCUUGGGUAGAGCCUGGUAGCAGUGGCAGCAAAGAAGGACAGCCCAGAAAGCUGCAAUAUGAUGGGAUGUAGGGGGAGGUUGGAAAGGAAGGGUGGCUUGAGGGGCAACCAGAGAAGUUUGCAUAGCUGACUGGGAAGAUGGUGGCUCUGGAGCAUGGUUUUAUUCGGUGUCCUGAAUUAAGUUCCCUAGAAGCAAAAACUGAGACAGGAUCCUUGGGUAAGGGGUCUGUUGGAGGCAAGCCCUCCGAGCACUCACUGGGAAAGAGGGGCUCACAGGGCCAGGGUAGCAAGCCUAGCAAAACACGGCUCCAGCCUCAGCCUGGCAGCUAGAGAGAGCGCUGGAGGGUGGAUGACACCCUGGGAAGUCCUGCCCAGAGGCAAAGGGGAUGGGCUGCUACGCUCCCACAUACAACAGUCUUUGACCAUCACCCCAGCCCCAGUUGAGCAUGGGUGUGCAUGCCCUUCCAGGGGACACUGGCCAAGGCAGUUCUCAUGCACCAAAGGCAGUCCCAGAGAAGCAGCAGUUUCCUGCCCUUCACUGCUGAGGGGGAAGUGAAGUCUACGCAGCAGCAUUUGUACCCAAGGGGGAGAGUGUGGGCUCCCAGGCUGACUGCCCAUUUUCCUUGACCCUAGUGAACUAGAGAGACCCAGGCCCAACCAGUGACAUGGUGGGAGGAGGCUGGCUAGAACAGGGGCCCAGGGUGGACAAGGACCAGAGGCAAGACUAUAGCCAUCCCCAUCUGACACAGCCAUGGCCCAGCCCUGAGGCCAUCCUAUCUACCCUGUGGCCAGUACCAGAAUGUCCAAGGGCCAGGGGAUAUGCAUGGGUGGGUAUGCAGUCUGGGAGACCCAAACUCUUCUAAUCCAGUGACUAAGCAGUGCAGGCCAGGUACUCUCACCUUC